AUGGACUUGAAGAAACGAGAGGACUUGAAGGAUCAGCUGACAGAGAAGUUCAAGCACCGUUUUGGACAUGGAGGAAACAAGGAAGCGGAUGAGGUUUCCGUCAAUUCUGCGACCAUCAGGAAAGAAGUCGAGAGCUUCGCGCGCAAGGCGCCGAUCACAGAGACGAAUUUGGAUCGCCUGGAGCGGCGCAUUCAGAGCCGAGCACACGGCAAGACCGGUGACAAUGCAUCGACUGUGAGCAAAGCCAUCAGUGGUGUGUCGCAGUAUACUGGGCUCAGUCAGAGAAGCAAGAGUGCAACGUCUCUGGUUGGUAAGAGCCUGGUGGCUCCACGCAAGCACGACUGGUCAAAGUUGGAUGAAUACGCAUCGUACUUGCAUGAGCAGGAUGCGCUUCGGCAGAGGUUGGGUGUUCAGGCCCUCCAAAGGAAGAUGAAAUUGGAUCUUGAUGCGCAAGUUCAAGACAAGUUGAAAAGGAGAGACGAGGCGUUGGAAGAGGAAAAGCGACACUAUGAGAACACCUUGUUGGAAUUGGAGCGGUGGAAGCAGCAAGAAAAGGAGAGGGAAGACGAGCGACAUCAGCGAGUCUUGAAAGAAAAGGAGGAUCGCGAUGAGCAGCUUCGCUAUGAGAAGCUCCUGAAAGAUCAAGAAGAACAGCGUCGUAAGGAUGAAGAAGUUCAACUUGUCGACAAGAUUGUGUCGGAAAUGGAGGCAGACCAGAAACGCCACGAGAAGAAGAAAGAACAAACCAGGCGUGCUAUGCGGAAGGUCUUCGAGCAGAAUGCAGAGGCGGGAACCCCAAAUGGCAUUCAAAUCGGGUUACGACGGUUACGGCAUGUUACGGUCUUGCUUGUGCCCGGGUGGUCUCCCUCCUUUCCGAACAGGAUUUUACCCACCGUUCAAAGCAGGCCGUUCAUCACAGACAUGGCGUUGUUCAGCGAAACCAGCGACGCCCAAGUCCUUUCCAAGUCCCUUCCCAGACCCUCCCAAGUCCUCCCCAGCCUCCGAUUCCCCCCCCACGCCCGUGAAAGUAGACCCCAAAUGGCUGAACAUUGUAGAGUAAGAUGUUCCUGA